GGUACAUGAUAUAUUUAUUUCUUAUCAGUAAUCUUAUAUUUUAUUUACAGAUAAGAUCUUUAUGAGACAGUUUUUUAAAGGUGGAACUUAUUUUUAUUUUACCUUUAUAAAUAGUCAAUCAUUAUUUUUGAGACUGAUAUAUCAGCUUAUACUAUAUGACAUUCUACAAGAUGUUAAAUUCACUAUGUUGUAUAUUAUCUAUGAUCUAAUAUUUGACAUUUCAGUCUAAUAAUUGAGAAAUACAUAAAUAUUGGUUAGAUAGUAUUGAAAUUAUGACUUCUGCCAAAGACGAUGAAGCUUUUUGGAACAGUAGCGAGAAACUAUGUUUUCGUUUUGACAACAAUGAGGUGGAUCAAUUUGGAGUAUCAAAGACCGAUAUCGAUAAGUUAUUGGCUGGAAUCUCGAAUACAUCGACUGCAGAAGCAUCUUUGAAAUCUACUGCUAAUUAUCAGCCACUUAAGCCUAUGUUAUCUAUAAUCUCAGAAAAAACACUCGAUUGCACAAUGAAUAAACUGCAAAAUCUUCAUCCAGAAACGUCAGGUGUACAACCAGAUAUUACUCUUAGAAAAAUUCUACUUGGUCAACCAUAUUCUUUAGAACAAUAUAAAUCACUUGCCAGUAAAACUGCCUUAUUAGAUGCAGCAAUAAUAAGUGGGGAUGGAAAUGCGAUUUUAAUAAUUAUCUUAUUUCUCACAAAAACUCUUAAAAGAAGUUUAGUUCAAAAGAUAUUGGCAGAAAGACUAGAUGCUGUCAAUGUUUACAUAAGAUAUCUUUCUAUAAGAUUGCAAAUAAAUGAAAUUACAGACAUUUUGACAUGAAAACUUUACACAUUAUCAUAAAGAAUACCAGAGAUCCUGACCGAUUAUUAAACAAGCUUCGCAAUUGUUAUAAAACACAAUUUUCAGCUUUAGCUGAUUGCAAAGAAACCCCAUUUAUAUUUGAUAAUGCAUUAUCAGAAUGGCAAACAAUAGCAAAAGUAGUAAAUGGAAAUGAAGAAAUUCAACUAAACUCAUCAGUUCUUGACUGUCUAAGGCACGCAUGCAAAGGUCACUGGGAUGUGCCGGAAGGAAAAUUAAUGUCUCCUAUAAAUUUAUCUCAACAGUAUGACGUGUCUCCUAGGCAGUAUCAGAAAGUUGCAUUAGAAGUUAGAGCAGCAGCUAAAGAAUGGGAUGAUAUUGAUAGAUUACUUCUAACAAAGGCACGUUUCACAUUAAGAUUUUAUAAUUUAAUAAAAACUAAUAACAUGAAACAUCAUUUAAUAGAAACUAUUGGAUGGCUAGGGAGCAAAAAGUUGCAAAUUUAUCUACCAAUUGAAGAUGUACUAAAGAUAUUGUAUAAAAAUAGUGCGCCUCCCGAGGUUCUCGAGAAAUACUUAAAAUACAUCGACAACAUAGAGAGGCGACUGGAAUUGUCGAAAAAUAUGCAUUGCUUUAGAAUGGCAAUUGACAUACUUGUACAACAAGCAGAUCGUAUAACCCUGACAGAAUACAAAAUGAAAUUACAACCUCAGUCUGAAGAAUAUUUCUACGCAGAAGGCAUGUUACGAAUGCCAGCGGUUAAAUGGAAAAACUGAAGCUAACUUUGUUUAUAUUGUACUAUAUUCAAAUAUUUAUUACACGAAAAAAUAAUCAUACAUUUUCACUAAGCUAAUUUUUGUUUAUCUCUUUAUAAAAUAUAUAUUCGUAUAUUUCAAUCGCGUCAUUUACAUUACUUCAAA